ACCCUCUCAUCCUCCCCUUUGCGAAUCAUGGCCAAGAUAAUCGAGCCACAAAACGAGGCGCAAGACGGCAACCUCGCCACCACCUACUCCCUCAUAUAUACAUUCCUCACCUCCAAAUCACACCAAAAGGCGGCUGAAGCCCUCAAGAAAGCCGCCAAAGAUACUGUCGUGCUCAAGGACGACGUUACGACCGCGGACCAUCCAUCCCUUGAGGUUAUCGUGAAGGAAUGGAAGGAACUCAAGGCGAAGACUUCCACCAAGUCUGCGCCAACAAAAGUAGCAGUAGCAGUCACCGCUGCGUCGAGCUCGAGCUCAGACUCCAGCGACUCUUCGGACGAAGAUUCGGAUUCCGAUGAUUCCUCGUCCUCGUCCUCCGAUUCCGACUCUGACUCCCCCUCCCCCUCCGCCAAAAAACAACCUAUCCCUCCUAAAACGCAAACACUCAAAGAGCCCGCAAAGCCCGCUACCACCCCGAAGCCCACGCCAAAGCCCACGCCAAAGGCUAAAACACCGGCGAGAGAUUCGAGCCACACGCUUUCUUCUGGAUCUGCCGCUGAGAAACCGGAUUCUAGUGAGGAGUCGAGUUCGGGUUCUAGUUCGGAGGAUAGUGAGAGUGAGAGUGAGAGCGAGAGCGAAGCUGAGGGUAAGGAUGAGGGUAAGGUGGUUAAGGUGACGCCCGUGGAGAAGAAGGAGGCUGCGAAGGAGAAGGAGGUCGUGAAGACGAAGGCGGAGAAGGCGCAGAAGAAGACAGAGACAAAGAAAGCGACAAAGACCGCGUCUUCUUCGAGCUCGAGCUCUGACACUGACUCUGAUACCGAUUCCGAUUCUGACUCCUCCGCCUCGUCCACUAAGAAGACCACCACGAAGACCACCACAAAACCCGCCGCAGGUUCUGAUUCCGAUUCCGACUCUUCGUCGUCAUCGUCGUCCUCUUCCUCUGCCUCCUCUUCUGCAUCAUCCUCCGCGCCUACCAAGAAAACACCUGUGAAAUCCACACCAGCCAAAACUAAAGGUGCCGCCACCACUACCACUACUUCUGCGGCCACCACCACCACCACGUCCACCCCCAAAACUAAAGCCAAGAAACCCGCCUCUUCCUCCUCUUCCUCUUCUUCCUCCUCGUCCUCCUCCUCCUCGGAUUCCAGCUCUUCAGACUCCGACUCCGACUCCGAAAAGCCCACCGCAGGCGACAAACGCACCUCCAAAAAACAGCCGGUAGUCGUCACCACCAAGAAACGACGCACAGGAACCACCGAAGACGGUGAAGCGACGGCCACCGUCACCGCUACCACAUCCACCUCCGCCACCUCCGCCCCCACCACCGCGGCCACUUCCGCCGUCACGUCCGCGUCGGUAUCAGCAUCAGUCACGCCAGUGCCGCAGAAUGGGCGUGAAAGGAAGGUGAAGGGAGAGAGGAAGACGAAUACGCCGUUUCAGAGGGUGAAGGUCGAUCAGGUCGUUUUUCAUGAUGAGAGGUUGAAGGAUAAUACGUUCGAGUCGAGGAACGCGGACAUGAACGAUUAUGGGGCGCGGGCGAGUAGCGAUCUGAUCGUGACGCGGGGCGACGGGUUCAGGAAGGAGAAGAAUAAGAAGAAGAGGGGGAGUUAUAAGGGUGGGGAUAUCACUAUGAAAACGCAUAGUUUCAAGUUCGACGAUUGAGAGGCGAGAUCGAUAGCUAGAGGGGAGGAUCUCGAGAGUUCAAGUCGCUCAUUGGCUUGGUGACGAGGAGGUGAAAUGUGCAGAGGGUUGGGUUACUAUUAUAUCUUGAGAUUUAUCUGGGCUUUAUGGUCGCUUUCUUCCUUCUUUCUUGAAACAAGAAUCGUCUUCUUGCGCGUUGAGGUCUUCAUUCGCG